AUGAUGGAGCGGUAUAAUGAAGAAUCGACCCCGGACGAUUUGAGCCAACACGGUCCAUCGUUGCUCCGCUUAGAGGGCGCAACGCGGGAAGGACUAGAUCUGUACAAAUCGUCGGACAAGGACCCGUGCGGGCUAGACUCGAACUGCAUCACCCGGGCGCUGCUCAUGGAGUUACUAGGCACUGGAGGCCAAACGAAUUCUCAUCAAGGGCUGGGGUCUGGUCGUGCGUCGCGUGAUCGAGUACGAGAAGUGACCAACAACGAGGAGUUGCCGCGGCGGAUAAAGCAAAAGGACGAAAAUUACUACUUCCUGACGGUGGACUCGGAGCUGACGAUCGACACGAGGCCCAAGGGCAACUUGGCCUGGUUCAUCAACUACUCGUGCGAGUCCAACUGCGAGACGCUGCUGUGAAAGGUCGGCGGAAGCCAAUCCGUGGGGCUGUUUGCCCUCAAGGACCUCAAGGCAGGAAGUUUUUCGAAAUACCGGUAAAGACACUUACUACAACUAACUCUUCUUACUCUUUUCUCCACCAGGUCUAAGAGCUCACCUUCAACUACAACUUUGAGACGU